UAUAAAAUGAGCAACGAUAAACCAUAUAUGUAGCAAACGUCAGAAACCAUUAUGAAGCAACAAAAUUUGUCUUAGAUAUCUCAUUAUGUCAUCUGGAUAAGCAAAAUUUAUAGUAAAAAUCAAUUUUUUUUAUAAUAAAAAAUGGAUAUUACUACUAAUACAAACCUUUAUUAAAAUUAUAAAAUAAUACAUUCUGUACAAGCUAGCGACCAGAUAUAUAGAAGCUGACACUUAACGAUGACGAAAUAAACAUUAAAACUGAAAAAACUAUAAAUCUAUAAUAAAAAAAUAAUUCUUUAAAUUUUAAUAUUAAAUUAUUAAAAAUAACUAACAAAGUUAAGAAAAGGCAAUAUAGAAAUGCAUAAAACUCAAUUAAUCAGUAAUCAUCCUAAUUAUAAAAAUAAGGACAAAAUGCACAAAAUUAAAUAUGUAAAAGACAUUAUACAAGAUUUGGAAAACUAUGGACCAGCUAGUUUAAUACACAUUGCUAUUCUGAGUAACAUACUUAAAAGACCCAUUAAUGUAUGGAAUGCUAAUGGUAGUUUAUACAAGAUCAUCGGUAGAAAAAAAUUGGGACAGUCUAUAGAUAUUGAAUAUCAUGCAAAUAAUUCGGAACAAAUUGGUCACUGGACCCUAAGAGGUAGCAAAGAUCCCGACAACGUCACUAUUGAUUUAAACAGCUGCCUUUUUUCGGUGAUUGGUUCUCAAAUCGGGCAAGAUCCAUUAAAACUUCGUAAGUGGACUGUGUUAAAACUAAAGGACAAUUUUCAGAAUUUGGUCAAAUGGUUAGACAAAAUUCAAUGGAAGGGGAAUGCAGGAGUAUUUCUUAUGAUUGGCGGAGUAAACGGACACAAACCUGAAAGUCCGAAAAAAAGUUCCAGAAAAGAAAGUCCAAUAAAAAGCCCAGAAAAAGAAAAGUACUCAAUAAGAUACCCAGCACACAGUCAGGAAGAAGACGCUAGACAGCUUCUGGAAGAUUCAGAGAACGUAGAAGGCGAAGGUGUUAAGGAUGUUAAGGAAAAUCUAAUUGGACUAAUAGGUCAUUCUAGAGAGGUGUAUGUUGAAAAAGGAAGAAAUGGAGGUGUCGAAGUUUAUACUAGGAUAAAUAAAUGUACGGAAAAAUUUGCUUUUCAGACAGAAAAAGACCAAGAUUAUGCCCUUCAUAGGGCAUUGCUAUCAAAAUCGGGUCAAGAAGCAUUACAUAAACUUGACAAUUCCACUACAUCAAGCGCAAAAAUACUUAUUUCAGAAUUAAAAGAACAAAAUGUCCCAUUUCCUAAAGCUAGCUUUUGGUAUGUGGGAAAAAAGCGACAUGAGCCAGAAGAAAUCGAAGGUGUUAUGUUAAAAUUAAGACAUCAUAUAAAUAAACAAGAAGAAAAAAAUGCAAAGCCUCAUAUAGUUUUCAUUGCCCCAUUCUAUAAAACCAGAAGAAAAAGAUGUCAAACGAUAUUACUUGAAUACCGUGAUUAUAUACAAGAACUAACUAAACAAAAAUUUGUCCUUUCAUCUAUAUUUGAAGAACUUAAUGAAAUUCUCACAAAAGAUGGAUACUCAAAAAGAUACACACCAUCCAACACGAUAGAAGACGCUAGACAAAUUCUGGAUAAUUCAGAGGGCUACGUAUGCGCAGAUGAUCCUAAGAACCCGAAAGAUGAAGAUUUUAGAAGAGGCCAUGCUAGAAGCAGGCAUGUUGUAAGAAGAAGAAAUUAUGGUGUCGAUGGUGUCGAAGCUUAUACUAGGAAAAAUAGAUGUCAAGAAAAAAGUGCUUUUCGGACAGAAGAAGAACAAGACUAUGUUCUUCAUAGAGCAUUGCUAUUACCAGAGGGUCAAGCAGGACUAGUUCUUCUUAACAAAAAAUUCAGUGUAGAAAUCAACGUACCAGCUUCAGAUUUACAUGAAUCUGAUGAUAACCGAUUUCCUAAAGGAAGCAUAUGGCAUAAUGGAAGAAGACUAAAAGAUGAAUUAGAAAUCAAUCUUGUCGUCGUAAUUUUAGGACGUCAUAAAGAUGAAAAAGAGAACAAGAGUGCAAAGCCUUUUGUAAUAACUAUUUACCCAAUAUUGGAAAAAGAACAAGAAGGAGCUCAAGCUGCUCCUGAAACGGCCUCUGCAACUACAUCUAAACCUGCUUCUCAAGCUCCUCCUAAACGUGCUACUGGAGCUAUUCCUAAAAUUCGUAAAACUGCUCCUAAAACUGCCUCUCCAACUACAUCAUCAAAACCUGCUUCUAAAACUCCUCCUAAAAUUGCUCUUAAAACUGCUGCUGGAACUAUUCAUAAAACUAUUCGUAAAACUGCUUCUCCAUUUACAUCUAAAUCUACUUCUAUAACUCCCCCUAAAAUUACUCUUAAAACUGCUACUGGAACUAUUCCUAAAACUACUCGUAAAACUGCUUCUCCAACUACAUCUAAAACUCUUUCUAAAACUCCUCCUGAAAUUGCUCUUAAAACUGCUACUGGAACUAUUCGUAAAACUGGUCAUGUAACUACUUCUGAAACUGUUCAUAAAAUUCCUCCUACAACUUCUCAUAAACCUACUCCUAAAAAUAUUCGUAUACUUACUUCCAAAAUUCCUCGUAAAACUGCUCCUUAAAUUACUUUUAAUAUUGCUUUUUAAACUGCUCCUAAAACAAUAGAAAUAAGGGGAAGUUCUAACUAUGGAGCUCCAAAUGGGGAGCGGAUUGCAAAGGAGAUAUUUGUAAGCGCGGGGACAUGAUAUCACGCGGCAACUGUCAGAAUACACGCACAUAUAAAAAUACAUAUGUAAUUCAUAUAAAAUAUAAAGUAUUUAAAUAAAUAUAAAAUUGCAUUAGCAUUUUUUUUACAAGCCUGAUGUGGUCAAACAGGUACUAACAAUAAGAAAGAGACCGUCUAAUUUUGUAGAAUAAUACUGAUUUAUCACUAAAAAACCAUUAUAAAAAAUAACACGGGUCAGAAGUAAGAUAAGAAGACAUAUUGAGAAACUUUUUUAUCUGUACAAUCUUACUUCUAGCCUUACCUCUAUAACUACCGUCACAAUACAAACAAACGCAUAAAUUGCACAAAAAAACGUCGAGUAUAAAUUGUUUAAUAAUGAAUCUAAUAUAUUAAUUAUAAAACUGAUUAAUUAUAAAAUAUGAAAGAAAUAAGAUGCAUUAAUAAAACAAGCAAUAAAAUUGGGAACAGCUGAGUGAGAGAAAAGAUCACAUCAUUUUGUCACUAAGAGAAUAAUAAAGGACACUAAUUACAAAA